GGGAGAGGUGGAGCGUGUGAGCGUGUGCCCGUGCGUGGAGGGGAGAGGGUGAGCGUGCGGUGACAGAGGUAGAGCGUUUGCAGAGGUGAGGGAAAGGGCAGCUUGGGUGUCAGACGGAAAGGCGAGAGCACGGCAGCAGAGCGCUCGGGGCGAGCGGGACCAUGGACGGUCGGUGAGGCGCUCGCAGGUCCGGACAGCGCCGCUGGUGCGGGAGGACCCCGGCUCCCUCCCUCUCUCUCUCUCUCUCUCGCCCUGGUGGACCGGGGACGGCAGCGGUAGGGCACCGCAAAGCUUCCGGAGUCUGUGGAUGCCUCCUGCUCUGAGCCAUGGGGGAGUGGACCAUCCUAGAGCGCCUGCUGGAGGCAGCAGUCCAGCAGCACUCCACCAUGAUCGGACGGAUCCUGCUGACGGUGGUGGUGAUCUUCCGCAUCCUGAUCGUGGCCAUCGUGGGCGAGACGGUGUACGAGGACGAGCAGACCAUGUUCAUCUGUAACACCAUGCAGCCCGGCUGCAACCAGGCCUGCUACGACAAGGCCUUCCCCAUCUCCCACAUCCGCUACUGGGUCUUCCAGAUCAUCCUGGUGUGCACGCCCAGCCUGUGCUUCAUCACCUACUCCGUGCACCAGUCCGCCAAGCAGCGCGAUCGCCGCUACUCCUUCCUGUACCCGCUGCUGGAGAAGGACUACGGGCGCGGCGACGCGACCCGCAAGCUGCGCAACAUCAACGGCAUCCUGGUGCAGAACCCCGACGGCGGGGGCAAGGAGGAGCCCGAAUGCCUGGAGGUGAAGGAGAUCCCCAACGCGCCGCGCGGGCUCACGCACUCCAAGAGCUCCAAGGUGCGGCGCCAGGAGGGCAUCUCCCGCUUCUACAUCAUCCAGGUGGUCUUCCGCAACGCGCUGGAGAUCGGCUUCCUGGCCGGCCAGUACUUCCUGUACGGCUUCAACGUGCCCAGCAUCUUCGAGUGCGACCGCUACCCCUGCGUCAAGGAGGUGGAGUGCUACGUGUCGCGGCCCACCGAGAAGACCGUGUUCCUGGUCUUCAUGUUCGCGGUCAGCGGGAUCUGCGUGCUGCUCAACCUGGCCGAGCUCAACCACCUCGGCUGGCGCAAGAUCAAGACCGCCAUCCGGGGGGUGCAGGCGCGGCGGAAAUCCAUCUGCGAGGUGCGCAAGAAGGACGUCUCGCACCUGUCACACGCCCCCAACCUGGGCAGGACCCAGUCCAGCGAAUCCGCCUACGUUUGAUUUCAGCUCGG